GAGCAAAGAGAAUUUACUAGAAGGAUCUGGUUCUAAUCAGACUAGUCCCCAAUUUGUAAUAUAAACUAAGACCUACUGAAUAAUAUAUGGAGGGAAUAAAAAAUAAAAGCUUUAAAAUCGAAAACUGAAAAAUGCCAUGGAAGGUAUGGACGCUGAUAUGAUGGAAACGGAGGCAAACGCUCCGCCGCAACCGGUGGCUGUAAAUGCCGACCAGACUGACGCUGUUCGGAAUUUGCUGAUAAUGGCUAGGCAACUCAUCGAUCAAAACAAGCCUUCUCAGUCUCUUCAAGCGGUGGUGAUGGCAAUGAGAUUACAAGGUGGGGAUGAAGCUGUUUCUCAAGCUCUUAACCGUGCUCGAGAGCUCUACAGAAACAAAGUUCAAGCUAGUGCUGCUGCUGAUGAGCUGGCUUCAUUGUUUGCCGAAUGUGCAAUUGCAGAGGCCAUGCCAUCACAAUAUGAAUCAUCUCAGCACCCUGUUAUUGCUCGAUCCAUUGAACCAAAUGUUCAAGGAACUUGUAUACUUUCCGAGACUGGCAGGAAGCAAAUCGUGCUUGAUGCAUUCUCAGAUGGAAGCAGCUUUGUCUGCUUACAAUGUGGGGGUCUUGUUAGCAAUCACCGCAAAGAGGAACACUAUGCAUUCUGGUGUUGCAAAAUCUGACUUCGAUUAGGUUUUUGAAUGUAAUGCUUGUCAGUACUAUUUUCUCUCAUUGAAAUGCAUGCAAUGUUUGUGGUGUAAUUUGCAUAUGCAUAUGAUGACCCAUUUCGAGGAUGUAUCCCCUUCUACUUGAGAUAUACACUUGGCAUCUGUGGCACAAGGUUUGCCAAUCAUUGGAAUAGAUAUCUUGUCGCUCACAAAUGUUAGGUUGUAUCUUAUUAUGUGUACCAUGAUCAUAGAAUAAUAAAUGAAUCUAUAUUUGAUUAA